AUGCUAAAACCAGCUUUAGUCAUUGUGGACCUUCAGAAAGACUUUCUUCCAGGCGGUGCCUUGGGUGUGCCCGAGGGCGACCAGGUUGUGCCGAAGAUUGAGACUUUGCUCAACCUUGAAAAGUUCCCAUGGCUGGCCGUGGUGAUAACCCAGGACUGGCACCCCAAGGACCAUUGCCUGUUUGCGCUGAGACACAAUGCUGAACCAUUCACAGAAAUUGAGUUUGAACAUCCUUGCGGGGAGAAGAACAGCAAAACAGGUGAAGUGAAGAAACACCCACAGACGGUCUGGCCCGAUCACUGUAUCCAAGAAACGCCAGGAGCCGACAUUGAGCCCAAAAUCUUGGAUAAAUUUGGCAAUUCCGUGGCCAAGGUCGUACCCACGGCUGUUGUCAGGAAAGGUUACCUCAAGGACCGUGAAUACUACCUGUGCUUCAGCGACUGCUGGAAAGUGCACCACACAGAGAUCGAGGACUUCUUGAUGGAGCAAAAUGUCACCGAUGUGGUCUUUGUGGGCUUGGCCUACGACUUCUGUGUUCUACAUUCCGCUUGUGAUGCGCUGAACUCAGGGUUCAACACAUAUGUGGUCAGGGACUGCUGCAAGAGCAAAAGGCCUACAAGGCUUCUAAUGUAA